CGCAAAGCUGUAACAAAGUAUCCAAAGUACUCUCGCGUGCGCCUGCGCACUAAACAGGCCGUAAAUCGAAAGCACACUGUUGUCUUUAUGAAGAAUCUGUGGGCGCGUCGAGGGUUAAUACGACUGACGCUCUGCAGAAAUGGCCGGGAUUAAAGCUCUCAUCAGCCUGUCCUUUGGAGGAGCCGUUGGACUGAUGUUUCUCAUGUUGGGAUGUGCCCUUCCAGAGUAUAAUAAGUACUGGCCCUUGUUUGUCCUCUUUUUCUACAUCCUGUCUCCUAUCCCAUACUGCAUCUCACGGAGGGUCGUGGACGAGAUGGAUGCAGCCAGCAGCGCUUGCAAAGAGCUGGCCAUUUUCCUCACCACAGGAAUAGUGGUUUCUGCCUUCGGCCUGCCAAUUAUUUUUGCAAGAGCUACAGUGAUUGAGUGGGGGGCAUGUGCGCUGGUGUUAACAGGAAACACCAUCAUCUACGUAACGAUUCUGGGCUUCUUCCUGGUCUUUGGCUCCAAUGACGAGUUCAGCUGGCAGCAGUGGUAAAAGUUACAUGUGGCGCAAAAACCUCGCAAGUUUGGAAUAUGUACUUUUUGUAAAGAUUAUUAUUUUUGUUAUUAAAGUAACCAGCCAUCCGUAAUGCACAGAAAAUCAGUGCAAUAACCUGCAUCUGCUUAAAUGUUACUCAGAAUCCCCAAAAAAGAUUCUUAUUUUUGCCAGCUGUGUUUUUUUUUUUUUUGGGGAUAUUUAAAGUUCUGUGUUUUACACGUGAUGAACAUAAAGAGAAAUUCAGGUUCACAAGUCGCAAAUGUUUGUCUGGCUACUGCCUCAGGAUGGCAGAACACUUGAUAUCUAUUAACUUAUUACUAAGUUGAAGAGCUUUAUAUUCGAAGGCAGGUAAUGACAGUAACCCAGAUAUGUGGUAUUUUGCGUAAACGGCCCUCCCUUUUCUGUGAGGAAGGUGCUCUAAUGCUUCAAUUAAAGCAGCAGAAAGGUUAAAUAUAGAUUUUAUUUAUAGUGCUGUUUCUUUUUCCAUAUGUUUAUUGUCCUGGGGAUCUGCAGUAUUAUGCAAUAGAUGUGGAAGGUCUAAUGAUAAUGUUUUAUCCAUGCAUGUUAUUCUGUAAACUGCAGAUUUGUUGAAGAUGGAGAUAUUGGUCAAUUAAUAUUUAAAAAUAUUCAGUGUGAUUUAUGAUGUGUGUACUUGGAAAGAAAAUGAAGUGUAGAGGUCACUUUUGUAUGCAGUUAAUACUGAUCAAAUGCAUUCCGGUGUUCAGUGAAAGUCUUGUUUAAUCGUUUUUUUUUUUUUUUAGUUACACCCACAUUAAAUCCAUUUUUCAGAAAAGCAGUGACGCCAGGUGGUGUAUAACACAAAAUUGCACAGCACUUGAGCUUAAUUGUCUUUUUUUUAUUCUUAUUUCUGGCAAGUUUGGGUAUGUACCACUGGUUCAAGACUGCUAAGCCUGUUGAAAUCCAAGACUGGAAACGUUUUUGAGUCAUGCCCUCUUCUGGCUUGUGCCAUGUUUCCUGAAGCAGAAUUUCUUGCCUAGCUAGAUAACUUGUUAGAUUUAAGGUAGUCUGGGCUAAACGGACUUUACUUUUGUUCAAGAACAACUAGCCCAGGCUACCUUAAAUCCGAAAAGUUAUCUGGCUAAGAAAGGAAUCCUGCUUUGUAAAACAGGCCCCUGAACAUUAAUAGAUAAUACUUGAUUUGCAUCUUGUAAAAUUCUUUCAAUGUUUUCAAGUUCUGGUGGUUGUUCUGUGAGUUCUGACAUUAGGACGUGUUAGAAAGUUAUCCUUUGAAAUGCUUAGAAUGUAUUUAAAAGCACUGACAUGAAUCUUGCAACCAUUUUUAUUUAACUUUUCUGUGUUGUUGUAUUUGUCUGUCCAUAGAUUAUUUGUAUUAAAUCCUACCAGAUGAUAGUUUGCCUCAUGUUAGUUUUAUUUUGUUUCAUUUUGUUUUGUCAUUCCUGAAGACCAUUAUGCUUUUACUAUAAGUAUGUCUCAUAAAUAUUUUGCUUAAGAUUCAAAAAGACUUUGGACUUGUAUUGUAACAAAUAAAAAUCAAACGAAUUUUACCACUGUAAACAAAA